UCAUGGUCUAUUCUAUUCCUCUCAUUUUUUUUACCUCCCAUUUCUUUCUCAAUUUUAUGUAUAGUCGAGAAAAAAAACUUACUUUCGGAAGGAAUAACUCAUAUCUAAUCAUAUCAUUCAAAAAACCCCGAUAACAAACAAAUUACCCGAGAUGCCGCCUUCGAAAAAUAAUUAUCGUUCUUCUCAACCUUCACAAAACAAGACCAAUUCACUUUCAUCAGCUCCACCAUUGAAAACUCUUCCUCCACAGCCAAACAUAUCUCAGCUUGAAAAUUUUGCUUUAAGUGCUUUGGCUCCUAGUAUGGCUGUUGUUUUUACUUUACCUUUUGAUACGGUAAAAGUUAGGAUGCAACUUCAAGGGGAAGUCAGAAUCAUGAAAGAUGCUACUGGAAAAACAGUUCGUGUUGCUGCUGAAAAGGUCUAUAAAAGUAGUUUCGAUUGCUUGUGGAAAACUUUCAAAUACGAAGGAAUUCGUGGACUUGAAAAAGGUUUAGUUCCUUCGAUUUUAAAAGAAAGUUCAAAAAACGUAUUUCGCUUGGGACUUUAUGAUCCAAUACUUUCGGUCCUUCAUCCUAAAAACGAUGCUACUUCAUCAUCCUCUGCUCCUGCUUGGAAACGGAUGCUUGCCGGUGGUAUCUGUGGUGCUUUAGGAGCUGUAUCUGCAAACCCCUUCGAGCUCGUAAAAACACGUUUGCAAAGUACAGCUGCUGGCGCUAUAGCGGUAGGAAAUCAGUAUGGAUAUGUUUCGGUGUCCUCAGCGUUACGUCAAAUUAUGACAAAAGAAGGCGGUGUACCGGGUCUUUAUCGUGGAUCUAUGAUAUCUGUAUAUCGUGGCAUCUUGGGUAGUGCGGCAAACUUAUCAUCCUAUACAAUGUUGAGAGAUUAUGCCCUACGGGAAGGUUAUUCAGAAGGUGUUCCGCUUGAUAUGGGAUGUAGUUUGAUAAGUGCGUUUGUUAGUGUCGUUUUUAUGAACCCUUUGGAUGUAGUGAGGACGCGUUUAUAUAAUACCUCAUCAAUAAAUCGUCAGUCGAUCUUUCGCACAAUUAAGACAAUCGUAGAGAACGAAGGAUUGAAAUCUCUCUACAAAGGUUUUGGCACACAUUUUAUGAGAAUUGGACCUCAUUUCUGUUUGACAUUUGUAUUCUUAGAACAAUUGAAGAGAGGCGUAAAACAAAUUAAACUAGAAGAAUAUCAACGUAAACUCCAACAACCUCAUUAUUCAUAGAAAAAAAAAAUGGAUGAAUCGAAAAACUGUUUUUUCUUAGAAAAUUUAUAUUAUUUAAU